GCGGUAUUAUCGCUUUAUAUAUUAUCUCAAUGGUGACAUUGACAUAACACAACAGCAGCAAAUAUCGGACGACAGCCACCAGUACCAAAAGGAACAGCAGCGUGCGAACAACGCUGUACUGCCGGCCAAGAAUCACGCAUUCGACUUUCACGACGUGAAAUAGGAAAAGGAGGCGGAGAUCGCAUACAGGACGAUGAAGCUCGAUGUUCCGGAUAAUGACAAUGACAAUAAUGUUGGAGAUAACGACAUAAAAAAUAACGACGAGAAUAACGAGAAUGAUGAGGAGAAGAAGACGGACGUAGAAAAUGACGAAGAUGACGAUAAGGAGGAGAAAGAAAUGAACAUGAAGGAGGUCGGCAACGACUGGAACGCUGAUCCGCCGACCGGCAUUCAGCAGCACCAGGCGGUCGCCAUUGAGGAUGAUAACGUCGUCUUGCCAAGUGCCAACCUGUCCAAUUUCGACGACGUGUACAUGAAGAACUCGACGAACGUGCAUCUGGGUAACAAUACUGUCGACCAAAUCCCAGCUCGUAUCAUCAAGAAGUUCGUUUACAAGCCACUUGCCAAAAGAAUAAACUCGUUGCUGUCAGACUCCGAUGAAAAUAUAUUAGACUUGCCAACGAAUAAAGCCAACGAGCUUCGGCAGAUCAACACGUUUUGUAAAGUGACGCAAUGGUGUACAUGGAAGUACGUGGCUAAGUUGGUUAUACUGGUCUUAAUACUAAUGUGUUCUAUGGAGAUAUACAAUCGGUAUUUCCUGGAAAUUCCGGGCUCAUCUCUCGAAGAGGAUUCUACCUUGAAAAGUUUAGUGAAAAUGGACUUGGUGGAAUGGAAUGAAUGGGGCGUCCAGCCGCCUUUGAGGAAGCUGAAUUUGCCUGUGCCCUAUGUAAUCAUCAGUCACACCGCCACAGACAACUGCACUACAAAGCUCGAGUGCAUAAGUAGACUUACGCAGAUCCACAAGAAGUUAAGGAAAUGGUCAGAUAUCAGCUACAACUUCUUCGUUGGCGGCGACGGUUACACAUACGUUGGUAAAGACUGGCAGUAUGUCGGCGCCCAUACUUUUGGCUACAACAAUCGCAGCAUCGGUAUCUCCUUCAUCGGCAACUUCAGUUGUAUUACACCGUCAAAAGUGCAGCUUUAUGCCACACGUAAGGUCAUUGAGAUCGGCGUUAACUACGGUAAGAUUGCUCCUAACUACAAGCUCUUGGGCCAACGACAAGUCUUGAAGACCUUGAGCCCUGGAGAAGCUCUGUAUGACAUCUUAAAGUCGUGGCCACAUUGGGCAUUCACUCCUUGAUUAUAUUAUAUAUAAGAUAUAUACAAUAAUAUAUACAAUAAUAUAUAUACAAUAUAUAUAUAUAUAUAUAUAUAUAUAUAUAUAUAUAUAUAUAUAUAUAUAUAU